UUUUAAAACGGUGCGGAUGUGCACUGGGUCCCGCGUGAAAUUAAGUGAAAAUUGUGUAGUGCAUUUAUCACGGUCGUUCUCUACCGCGCUGUUGGUGUUGGGAGAAUAAAUGGCAAUAGCAAACUUUUGUGCAGCAAUUGUUUGAAUGCGAACAACAAUCACAUGCAAAUAGUUGAAUGGAUGAUAGAGAAUCAUCCGAACAGUCACCAGAUAUCGCAAUCCACGUACGUGUCUCUUUUGUUGAAUACGAGCCGAUAGUACUAUACGUGAGCAGAAGCCGCGAACUGCUGCAUACCGAAUUCUAGUGGUGAAAUUGUGUUCUAAUUCCAUACGGAAUGGCAUCAACAACAGAUAUUCCUCCGACCGUGGGCACAACGCCCACCGCCCCCCUAUUAGAGGAUCUCAACGAGGACACGUCCGCUUCGUCUGCCUCGACGACGACGACGACAGACAGUGGUAAACCUUCGACAUCGUACAGCUUUUCCUUGAUCGGUUCCGAUGGCCCCGGAAGCAGUAGCAGCACCGGCUACACCACCAAACGACCACUAGCGAAUGAAUCGAACGACGGCAAAAGCAAGACGCAGCUAGACACGGCACCGGAGGCGGGCGGCGGCGAAGGCGAAGGUGCUGCGGCAGGAUCCUCCUCCACCACCGAUGCGGGCGAGGAGGAGAAAAAGGAUGAUUCCAUGUUUGAGUGUAACAUUUGCCUGGACACGGCGAAGGAUGCGGUGGUCAGCAUGUGCGGGCAUCUGUUCUGCUGGCCGUGCAUUCACCAGUGGAUGAACGGGUACCGCAACACCUGCCCGGUGUGCAAAUCUUCUAUCAGCAAGGAAAAGGUCAUACCGCUGUACGGGCGCGGUGGCAGCAAGGAGGAUCCGCGCAAAACCGUACCACCGCGACCGGCCGGUCAGCGUACCGAGCCGGAACAACCGCACGGGUUCCAGAGCUUUACCGGCGAUGGCAGUUUCCACAUGUCGUUCGGUAUCGGCGCGUUCCCGUUCGGGUUCUUUACCUCAACGCUGAACUUUGGCGAUUUCCGCGGUGCGGGCAACGUGACGCGGGAAAAUACGCGCGAAGGGGAAGAGGACCAGUUCCUGUCGCAGGUGUUCCUGUACGUGGCGCUCAUCUUUUUAGCCUGGCUGGCCAUGGCUUAAAGCAGUUUUUUUUUUAUGGUGGCGAUGAACAUUGAGUGCAAUGGCAGAACCCGUUCCAUAAUAGUGCUGAAGUAAGACAGGAAUGCACGCACACACACACACACAAAUGAUGGCUGAGAGGUCUCUGAGAGGGGAGCAAGGAACAAACGGGCGGUGAAGAUAACCGUGAAACAGAAUCCGGAACGCCUAAUUUAGUUGAGUUUGGGUUGAGCAAUGUCUAAAUACUGCUUUGUUAACUUUACAGUUUAAAUCAUGAUAAUAAUUGGCAAAUUCUGCAUGGUACAAUAUGCUUUGUGAUAUUUUAGAGAAAAACGGUGUGUUUGCUUAUUGAAUUUUAGGCCAGCGCCUACACUAAAGUUUUACUGCAAAGAAACCAUGUUAAAUUGAUGCUAAAAGCGAGUAUAAAUUAAAUUGCCUUUACGCUCACAAAAAGAAAACCAAGAAUGUGCAAUUCGAAAUGUUUUUAUCUACCGCGUGGGUUUUUGUGUGCAGUGUGUAUGCGUGUAUUUUGCAGCAUAAAAGGUGUAUGUAAUUUAUUGAAUGUACUAUGUAUAAAAAGUAACUGUGCGCGCAUAAUGCAUUUGCAGCAAUCACGGGCCGGGGUCGGCAAAGACAUUUGUAAUUAUGUAUGUAUAUGUCUUACUAAUCUAUCCUUCCGUUUUCCGUAUGGUGUGUUUUUUUUUGUAACAAUUCGCGUGUCCCGUUUUGUUGUAGCAGCGAGUUUUCCAUUAUUUUUCUUCACUACUAUUUCCUUUCCUGGGGUGCAAACAGUAAAGAAACACAACAUACAAUCCCGUUUAGGUUUUGCUGAUGUUACGGGCACCCGGAAUCUUGUGGAAGUAUGGCGCGUUAGCAAACGCAUGGGCGUAAGUGGUAGAAUCGUGUCAGUAAUGAUUAAGUGGUAUAAUUAAAGCAGCGAAAUAAAAAAAAAACAA